AUGGCCGCCGCCCCUGGCUCCUGGAGGGCGCCGCCCCGACGAGCAUCGAGGGCCCCUCCCCCGGGCUCUGGGUUAUCCGUCAGGCUUCUCAGCUUCGAUCGAGCACCGGCGAGCUGGGCCACGAGCUGGGCUGGGGCUGCGCACCUCGCCGUCACCCCUGGCGAAAUCGAAUCCGGCGGGCCGGAGACACUUUACGAUGCACCCUCGGAGCGGAAACCUCUCGCUGCUCUCUUCCCCAGACCAACACCAGCAUUCGUCCUCUCGGCCUCGGGCCACAUUUCGCCGACUUCGGUGCCGUGUUCCGGGCUGAAGCCUGGGGGCGCCGCUCUGGCCGAUGCAGAGAUCACGCGAAUUCAACACGGCUGA